AUCAAAAGAAGACAGGACAAAGCUGUGAAAGCGACACAAGCAGCAGCAGCAGCGAUCUGAAGAGAGAGAGAGAGAGAGAGAGGAUUCCCUAGAUCGCAAUGCAUCUUACUUGAUAUCAAAUUUGGCGGCAGAGAGAAGAGCUUCACGUCUCAACGCGUAAGCCCUAGAUUUGGCAAGGAAAAUCCAAGAAUCCGGUACCCUUUUUUUUCAACUGAAGCUCACUCUUGAAUGCAGCUUUUUGAAUGAAGGGGAAUUUUGAUUGAGGGAGAUGAAGGAAAACGUUGUGGGUCUGGAGAUACAAUGACUGGAGUGUCAUUGGGUCUACGUACAGGAAGUUAUGGAUCCUUACAAUCUGCACGCAAUGUUGGAUUGCAGGCGAACAAUGGCUAUGUAGCAAGAAGAACAUCAAGGGCGUCUCUUUCUGCCUCAAGAGACAAGGAAAGGUGGUUUACCCAUAUUCGCAGAUUCAUAGGAAGGAAGGAAGGGGGAAUGCUAAUAUUAUUUAUAAUUGCUAGUUUUUUUUGGUUAGCAGGGUUCUUUACUGUCUACAGAGAUACAUCUGAAAGUGGUGGGUUGUACUUUGACAUGACAAUUCACAAUAUUAAUUCUUCAAAGAUAAGUCCUAUUAUGAGCUGUGGAGAAGAAAACAUUCAGCAUCCUCCUUUACUGCAGUCUUCUUCUACCCUUGCAUUUCUUGCGGAUUCGCUUUUUAAUAUGGAAAAUCCAUGUAACAGUUUUGCGUUUCCUCCUCCUCCUCCUGGUGAUAGAAGACGAUAUGGACCACGCCCUUGUCCAGUAUGUUAUCUACCUGUGGAGCAAGCUAUGGCAAGAAUGCCUAGGUCUCCGUCAUUAUCGCCUGUGUUACAACAUUUGACUUACUAUCACCAAGAUCAUUCAAUAACGGCAGAACGACAUGGAGGAUCCAAGUUUGGUGGCUAUCCUUCUUUAAAGCUGAGAAAUGAUUCUUUCAAAAUAAACGAGUCCAUGACUGUGCAUUGUGGAUUUGUGAAAGGAUGUAGACCUGGUUUUCAGACUGGUUUUGAUAUCGAUGAAAAUGAUAUUAGGGAAUUACAGCAGUUUCAUGAGGUUAUUGUUGCGUCAGCCAUUUUUGGAAACUAUGACAUAAUACAGCAGCCUAGGAACAUUGGUGAUUUUUCAAGGAAAAAUAUACGCUUUUACAUGUUUAUAGAUGAGGCAACAGAAGCAUAUAUGAGAAAUUCUAGUAUUCUUGACAGCACGAGGAGAGUUGGUUUAUGGAGAAUUAUAAUUGUUCAUAACACACCAUAUGGCGAUGCAAGACGCAAUGGAAAGGUCCCAAAAUUGCUUCUACAUAGACUUUUUCCUAAUAUCAGAUAUUCUAUAUGGAUAGAUGCAAAGCUUCAACUUGUGGUGGACCCAUAUCAAGUUCUGGAGAGGUUUCUGUGGCGCCAAAAUGCUACUUUUGCAAUUUCAAAGCACUAUAGACGGUAUGAUGUGUUUGAAGAAGCUGAAGCUAAUAAAGCUGCAGGAAAGUAUGAUAAUGUUUCCAUAGAUUACCAGGUUGACUUUUAUAAGAAGGAAGGGUUAACACCUUAUUCGGAGGCUAAGCUUCCUAUAAUUAGCGAUGUUCCAGAAGGUUGUGUGAUUAUAAAGGAACACAUUCCCAUAACAAAUCUCUUCACCUGUCUCUGGUUCAAUGAAGUUGACCGUUUUACUUCAAGGGAUCAAUUGAGCUUCUCUUCUGUUAGGGACAAAUUUAUGGCGCAAGUAAAUUGGAGCGUCAAUAUGUUUUUGGAUUGUGAAAGAAGGAAUUUUGUCAUACAGGGUUACCAUAGGGAUAUUUUGGCGCAAAUGUCUCCUCCUCCUCCACCAUCUCCUCCUGCAAUUUUGGUAAGGCAUUCACCUCCUCCUCCAGCAACAUCUAAUAACCGGGGCAUCAUCCCCAUCACCACCAGAAAGAUACCUGUGAAGAAGACACCUGCUAGACGCGGAAGGGAUAGAAGAUCAGGUUCAAGGCGUCAUCGGAAAGUUGGAAACCGGGACAACACAUUCUAAGGAAGAUUUGAGAUUGAGAUUUUGUUUUGUUUUUCGUUUUUGUUUUAAUUGUCUGUUCUACAUUUUAUUGUCCUGCUGUAGUCUCUUCUCACAUGGAUAUAGAAAGAACAAAAGAAACAGUUGAGGAGUCAGACACUCUUUUCUCUUAAGAAUUUUUUUUUUGUUUCUUUCAAUUAGUUAGUAGGAUUGUUGGAAGAAAAAAGAUGGUUCCAAUUUUAGUUUGGAAUUUAUCUCAAUCCAUUUUUCUUGUAUAUAGACAGACAGACAGACAAUUCCCAAAUAAGAAAAGAAGUUUUUUU